UUCUUUCUGUCACAAAAAUAUUUUAGAAAUCUGUCAGUUUCCACUAGCAAAUUAUUCUCUUAUAAGUUACUAGUAUUGUCUACUCAUACAGAUAGAAAAAUUUUCGUUGAUAUUGUGGAUUGUGAUUGUCAGUGUUGAAUCAGUUUUUCUUAUGUUAUCAGGAUUGUUUUAGUUCCUUCAUUCCAUCCUUCUAAAAUUCAGGACAAUGGCUAGCAAAAAUUAUGCUUUGAGCGGUAAUGGAAACACCCAGACUAUGAAGCAGAUAGACCUGGAUCAAAUUUGGGGUGAUCUGAAUAACGGUAUCGAGCAUGUGUAUAAUCGUCAAACUAUGCCCAAAUGUCGCUAUAUGCAGUUAUAUACCCAUGUUUAUAAUUAUUGUACUUCGGUUCACCAACAAGGGAACAGUAGAAAUAGUACACCGACUGCUGCUUCCAAAAAUAAGAAAGUACAAAUUGGCGGUGGCGCUCAGUUAGUUGGUUUAGAACUUUACAAAAGAAUCAGAGACUUUCUAAGAUGCUACCUUGUAUCUUUGUUAUCUGAUGCUGUUCAUAGAAUGGAUGAAGAUGUAUUGAAGUUUUAUACUUGUCAGUGGGAAGAGUAUCAGUUCAGUAGUAAAGUAUUAAAUGGUGUAUGUGCUUACUUAAACCGACAUUGGGUAAAGAGGGAGUGUGAAGAGGGACGAAAGGGAAUUUAUGAGAUCUAUCAGUUAGCUCUAGUUACUUGGAGGGAUCAUUUAUUCAAGCAGUUGAACAAACAAGUUACGAACGCUGUACUCAAAUUGAUUGAACGCGAAAGAAAUGGAGAAACGAUAAACACUCGUUUGGUAUCUGGUGUUAUUAACUGUUAUGUGGAACUAGGUUUGAACGAGGAAGAUUCUAAUUCAAAAAUGUCCAACCUCUCAGUUUACAAGGAACACUUUGAGAAUAUAUUUCUAGAAGAUACAGAAAGAUUCUACACAAGAGAGAGCACCAAUUUUCUGGCUCAGAAUCCUGUGACUGAAUAUAUGAAGAAGGCCGGUGAGAGACUGCUCGAGGAAAAGAAACGAGUGCAGUUUUACCUGCACGAAACUACUAGUGAACAGUUGGCUAAAACCUGCGAGAGGGUGCUGAUCCAGAAACAUCUCGAGUUGUUCCAUCAGGAGUUCCAGCAGCUGUUGAACGCUGAGAAGGACGAGGACCUGGGGCGCAUGUAUAACUUGGUUGCCCGUAUUCCCGACGGGCUUGGAGAACUGAAAUCUCUGCUGGAGGUUCAUAUUGCCAAUCAAGGUCUCGAGGCCAUAGAAAGAUGUGGAGAGGCUGCCAAUAAUGAUCCAAAAAUCUACGUUAAUACAAUUUUAUCAGUGCACAAGAAGUACAAUGCUCUAGUACUUAUGGCUUUCAACAACGACAGCGGAUUUGUCGCGGCUCUGGACAAAGCGUGCGGACGUUUCAUCAACGCCAACGCCGUGACCAAGGUGGCAAAUUCGAGCAGCAAAUCGCCGGAGCUCCUGGCCAAAUAUUGCGAUCUGUUGUUGAAGAAAAGCAGUAAGAAUCCGGAGGAAGCCGAGCUCGAAGAUACCCUGAAUCAAGUGAUGGUUGUGUUCAAAUACAUAGAGGACAAGGACGUGUUCCAGAAGUUUUACAGUAAGAUGUUGGCUAAACGGUUGGUGCAGCACAUGUCCGCUAGUGACGAUGCAGAGGCCUCUAUGAUCUCGAAGUUAAAACAAGCCUGCGGCUUCGAAUACACUUCAAAACUACAAAGGAUGUUUCAGGAUAUUGGAGUGUCCAAAGAUCUCAACGAGCAGUUUCGUAACCAUCUGGCCGAUUCCAACGAGGGUCUGGAUAUCGAUUUCAGCAUUCAAGUACUGUCCUCUGGUUCGUGGCCGUUCCAACAGAGCUUCACCUUUGGAUUACCCUCUGAGUUGGAAAGGAGCGUGCAUAGAUUCACUAAUUUCUAUUCAGGUAGACACUCAGGAAGAAAACUAAAUUGGUUAUACAACAUGUCGAAAGGCGAACUUCUCACAAAUUGCUUCAGGAAUAGGUAUACCUUGCAAGCGAGCACCUUUCAAAUGGCGGUCCUCUUGCAAUUCAACGUCUCGGACAGUUGGACUAUCGCCCUCCUAGAGGAAAAUACUCAGAUCAAACACGAUUAUUUGAUACAAGUGAUCCAGAUCUUGCUGAAGGCGAAAUUGAUCACUUGUGAAGAUGACGAAUCUGAACUUUCCCCAUCUUCGGUUGUGCAUCUAUAUCUGGGAUACAAAAACAAAAAGCUUAGGGUCAAUAUAAACGUACCGAUGAAGACUGAAUUGAAAAUGGAACAGGAAACUACCCACAAACACAUCGAAGAAGAUAGAAAAUUAUUGAUUCAGGCGGCGAUCGUCAGGAUCAUGAAAAUGAGGAAGGUGUUGAAGCACCAGCAAUUGGUCGCCGAGGUCCUCAAUCAGUUAUCCACUCGAUUCAAGCCGAGAGUGCACAUAAUCAAGAAAUGUAUUGAUAUACUGAUAGAAAAGGAAUAUUUGGAACGUACGGAUGGCCAAAAAGAUACAUACAGUUACCUAGCUUGAUCUGGAAAUUGGGAGUGUGCAGUGCCUAUUAUUGAGAGGAAUUGCUGAAUGUAUAUUGUAAAUAUUAAUUAUUUCAUUUGUAAUUACCCUGGAAAGUAUCCUAUUAAAAAAUAUGAAUGCAUUUUUCAGCAGAAUGAUUUGAGAGAGGUAUUAGUCAGUUAUUGAACUUUUUAUGAAAAUGAUUCAUACUUUUUUUGUUUUUCGAUCUUUUACAGAAAUUUAGUAUGCAGUUUUUUUUUACUGACGGAAGCAAAUCAAAAUAUUGCGUGUGAGCUCUAUGUGAGAAAGGAGUAGGAGUAGGUAUUUUUGAGAGUCAAUUUAAAUGUCGAAAAAUUCUACUUGUUGAUAGCCCUUAACAACUAAAUAUGACUGAGUUUCUCGAAGCUGCUUUUCACAUUCUACCACAUUCAUUUAUGUCGGCUUAAGUUAGCUUAUCAAAUUUGAAAAAUUCUCAAUAAAAGUUGAAUCUACCCGGAAAACUAUUGUCCAUUUCCGAUCAAUGCCUUAUACUCAUUAUUUUCAGUUUAACCAAUAUAAUUAGAAUUAAGAUUGUAUUUCCUGGUAUGCAUUAUUAUUUAUGCGCGCCCUUUUAUUGGAUAAUUUAAUUACAUUUUAUUCAAAUCACAAUUACAAUUUUAACAGGAAUUUGGCAAAUAUUUUUGUUGGGAAUUUUUGGACAUGUUAUUUAUGUACUUUCUCUUUCUGUAUUGACUGUGUGAAUUUCGUGGAGCCAUGAAGAAUUUGUACAAUUUUUUAUGAUCUGGAAGCCAGCUAGAAUGGAAUAUUUGUAAAUAAGUAAAGAGAGUAACACAAGUU